AUGCGCAUCACAAAAGUCAACCAAAUUUUUUCUUUACUGAAUCAUCACCAGUUAUCUUGCACGCAACAACCAUCCACAGAUGUUCUUAUGAUAAAUUUCCACUCGCCCUACUCCAUAGCUGGUGACAAACAGUUGCGUAUAGAAUCCUCGACAAAGACUGGUAAUGAUAUCACCACCGAGCAUUCUCAUAGUUUAGACAAAUCCUAUACAAAGGAUCGAUUGUGGUCGCAUACAGUUUAUCGAGGGAAAGAAGCAAAGGCAAAUACAGCGAGUCUGUGGAAUAAACGUCUUCGGAAACCGAAUUCUCAGGAGGGAGAGUUCCUGUAUGACGAAAAAUCUGACAUUGAUAUUCUUGAUCUUCAAGAUUUCGAUGAUAGUGAUGAUAGUGAUGAUAGUGAUGAUAGUGAUGAUAAUAAAGAUAGGGAUGCUAGUGAUGAACCACAGAACUGUCCCGACCUGCUUUUCACAUCGGGCGAAGCACCCAGGCAUCAAGAAGAAGCCAAUUCAAAAACAAGUACCGAUAAGCAACUGAUAUCUACCGCAAAUCAACACUUAUUCGAGGAAACAUCAGACCUGUCUCUUGAACCAAUUGACGAUAUCUAUCUCACCAAAGCAGAACGAGAGAAAAUGGAUAAAAUACGAAAAGAACGAGAACAACGAAGGAAGAAGAGAGGUGAGAUGGGAAAACCAAGUAAAGGAGAUGGAGAACAACGCAAACAACGUGAAACGAAACGACUAUCGCGUAAAGAGUUGAAGGAAUCUCAGAGAGCGGAACAGACGAAACGAAGGAUGAAGAAAACCAAAGCUAAGGAGAGAGAUUUAAAAAGAGCAAAGCUUGAAACACGUCGACGAGAGCAAUUGGACACUAGAUUGAAAAAAAGAGUUGUUCAACUCGAACUGUACUUGGAAAAGGCACACUUUUCAAAACGAAUUGAUCUUGAUGCUAUUACUCUAGAAUUGGAGGAGUGGAAACUGGAAUUGGCUAAGCCAAAAGAAGAGCGCAUAACUUUGAAGGAGUUUAAACAAAAACUGCAGCGGAAACUCAACUCAAGAAGCAACAAUCAGGAGAAGGAUGGACUUGUUUCAUCGGAAAUUGAUCUGUUUGAUAAUAACAAGGAGCCAAUAGGAGACACCUUUUUAUUUGAAAAAAAGCGUAAACAAUUAGCAGAAUUUGAAGAGCAGCGUCAACUAAAACGAGCCAAGAGGGAAGCAAGCUCAAUUUCGAAGGCUCAAAAAAAAUUUCAGAGAAACCAUGCAAAAGAAGUUGAGCGUCGACAGAGGAGAAUCAAAGUACUUGAAAAGAUGUUUUCAAACCUACGAUCACAAUAUCGACCCAAGAUGCAGCAGCUUUGGGAUGAGCUAUAUCAUUUGAAACAACAAGAGCAAGAGAGAAUCAUCAAAGAAUAUAAUAAAAAUGAGGACGGGGGCGCCCAGAUGCUGCUCUUACCAGUUUACAGCCCUCUACAUCAAGAAUUGCACAAUCGAGAGCUUGACAAAAUGCGCAAGGAGAUUGAAAAUAUACAACAACGACUAGCUAACCCCAGAGCAAGGUACGAUAUCCCGGCAUUGCAACAAAGAGUGAAACGAUUGCAGAGUGAGUAUGAAGCAGCCGUGGGAUAUCACUAUCGAAACCAAUUUGAGAAAAGCACUCUUGUAAAUGAGCGUGUGCAUAGUGUAUUACCUAAUACAACUGGUGCUUCAGUUACGGUUUCGACGCAACCUGCUACUGAAAUUAUUGUUUCACCAGAGCCGCCACCAAGACCAACUCCUUCUAAUGAUGAAAAAAGCUACCGUGUGCUCACCAAAGAGCGACCAUUCCGUCGUCCAAACAUCAACUAUAUCAAAUUUUACAAUCGACAAGUUCAAGAGACUCUAGACCCUGGGAUAUGUAUCCCGGAUUUGCCAUUUUCAUCACUGAAGAUCAACUAUGAUGGAACAUACCCCAAUGAAGUGAAAUACCCAGGUCAGAUAUGGUCAAGCAAGGACAAAGAGUUAUUCUUUACGUUACUUGCACGAUAUUCAAUCCAUCAAUUAGACAUGAUUGGCUUACACAUGGGAAAAUCUGAAUUGGAAAUAUUGACAUAUUAUAAUCUAUUGAAGGGGGAGUUACGAAAGUUGAAAAGAUGCACAAGGAGUCCUGAACAAGGGUCUGAAUUUUUGACAAAUCAGGAUUACAGGUUGGUCAAGUAUGAGGAAAUUCCUGCGGCGUAUGAGAUGCUGAAGUACUUUACCAAGCUUGAAGAUGAGCAAAGUUUAUUGAUUGAUGCAGAGAUGGCGUCUGAUAGUGCAUUUGAUGAAGGUACCAAUAAUGAUGAUGUUGUUGCGGAAGAUGCAAGUUCAUUCAUCAAUGUUGCUCGUUUGUCUUAUUUGUUUGGUAUGAUUUGUGACAAAGAAGUUUGUCGAGUUAUGGAAGAUCUAGUAAAGCAGGUGACCAAGAAUAUAUUGAUAAACAUCAUCAACACCAAGACAAAGAAGAAACUGGAGAACGGGGAUACAGAUGCUUCUACAGUUACGAUACACCCGAGGAACAUCAAAUGGAGUUUGAGCAAUUUGGGGUACUCUAACCCCAACAAGAUCUUCAAUGUUGAUAAUCCAUUGAUCAAAAAAGCCUUCACAAGGAAGAAUGAUCAGCGUCGUUGGUUCGGCACUCUUCAUUAUAUUGUAUCAGCACCUGCAUUUGGUAAUUUAGUGCCAGUACCUCGCAAGCAGACGAUCCCCACAAUUCACAAUCUACAUCAAUUUCAAAACAGACUGCACCAAAGCUCCAAUGAAAUGGAUCUAGAUGAAGAAGAUGAGGAACAGUUUAAGUUGUUUCAAUUGGAAACUAAAGCGGUUGAUGAUUGUGAUUUGUUGGAACUGCGAAUGUAUGAACAUGCGUUAUUGAUGAUGAUGCUUGAUGGAAAGACUGACGUAAGUGCUGGUGAUGUGAAACGGUUGAAUCGAUGGGAUAGGGAAUUGAACUUGGAGGUGAAGGCGAGCCGGAAAGUACAAAGUGGCGGUAAGGCAAAUGAUAGGGAGAAGGGUGAUGAUAAUGAUGAUAAUGAUGAAAACAACCACAAGGAUGAUGUUAGUGAUGGCGAAAAUAUCGAUCAUGAAAUUAAAGAUGCGUUGAAGGCGUAUUCUCGACAAUUUCCAGAUUACAACUAUUCCAACGAGCAACAAUCCAUGACAAGGAAAGCAAUGGAAGAAGUUGACGAGGAUGGCCUGUCUGUAAGUUGUAGUGGAUCAGACGAUGAAGACAAUGACAACUCUUCAAAUGACGGUAGUAAUCACAGGGGAUUCUCAAUGGAAAUAGACAAUGACGGCAUACAAUCUGGGGAAGAUUAUAUUGACGAUACUGCUGACUCCACGGGGCCAUUUGAUGAAUUUUUCAUUAGAAAUUACGAAUAG